UAUUUUAUGCUUGUAUGCAUAAUGUGUGUGUUGCUUUAGCAACAACGGUACCUCAACUGAACAGCGGAACAGUCUAUGUACGGAACGUGUUUCUUUGAUUUGUUCUACGUGACGGCGUAUCCAUUACACAAUUGUCAUGAAAGAAAAAAACUGUUUAGUUUGCUAUAGAAGAAACUUUUUCAAAUAAUCCAACCAAAAGAGAAAUUCUGCGAAUGAAGCUGUAAAAAUGAUGUGAUUUUUCCCAUUUUGUGUCGAAUACAUAGAAUCCAUUUUGUGUCAUAGUUUUUUUAUUUACCAAUUGGAAUAUUUCAAUUCACACCGGACUUUUCACCAGUUGAUUGUUUAUAUAUUAUGCCGGCCGCGUGGAUCUGUUCAUUUUCACCACAGCAUCAACAACAACAAAUUCACAAUGAUAUCGACAAAUAUCAAAGUCUUUUGAGUGAAAUCACGGAAACAGAAAUGUGAAUUCACCAAUCGGAGCAUUCUAACCUCAAUCGAUCAGACGAUAUUUGUGACAUUUUCCGGGGCAACGGUAAACGUCUUUUGAUGGAAGGUAUGGUAUACUGAAAGCGGGAGAAGAAGAAAGACAGAAAAAUAUAGAGUAGGAGGGAGAUAUGCAGAGAGAUGAAAAAACAUGAGAGAAGGAGAGAGGAAGUCGACACGAUUCGGCUAUAUUCAAUCGACAAACUCCGCAAGUUGAGCUGUAUAACAGGUUUUUCAGACAACUAACAUUCAUUAAGUACUGUUCGUAAUUAAGCGAUUUUGGAAUGUAAUCGAUAUCAAAGCAACAACUGAAACAUGCAUAGAGAAGUGCCAAAAUGCAGUUUCCAUAUAAGAUUUGGCCGAUGAUUUGGAUUGUGCUGACAUGUCAAUCGAGCGCUUGGUCGUUAUUUGAACGACAAGCGGCCAAUACAACCGUGACAAAUGAAAUCGAAUCUGGGUCAAGCUCAAACAGAUUUGUUGCUGGUUGGGAAUAUCUUGUCAGUAUGGCAAUGACUGAAUUUACUAACAAUCGUCCACCAUCACAUGACACGCCACCAAGUCGAUGUCGAUGCAGCUGUGGCGAACGAAACUAUGAUGUUGAAACUCGGAUCGUUGGUGGAAAGGAGACAGUUAGGAAUGUUUAUCCGUGGAUGGCUCGAUUAUCAAUUUUUGGUCGAUUUUUCUGUGGCGGUACGCUCAUAAAUGACCGUUACGUACUAAGUGCGGCUCAUUGUGUCAGGAAUUAUGUGUGGUUUUUUAUCAAAGUAACAUUCGGGGAGCAUGAUCGAUGUGACCCAAAUGCACUACCAGAAGCCCGAUACGUAUUACGAGCCAUAUCGCAAUCGUUCAACAUUGGCAAUUAUAACGAUGACAUUGCGCUGCUUCGACUCAACGAUCGGGUGCCAAUUAACAAAGUCAUUCGGCCCAUUUGCUUGCCAAACAGAAGAUCAUUACAUUAUGCUGGAACAGAAGGAGUUGUGGCUGGUUGGGGUUCAACGGACGAAAAUGGAACACAGACAUGUGUGCUAAAUGAAGUAAAAGUUCCAAUUCUCACAAAUUUGGAAUGUACUCAGUUGAGUAGCUACGCAUCGGGAAUGGUGACAGAGAAUAUGAUGUGUGCCGGAUUUCCAGAGGGCAAAGCAGAUUCAUGUCAGGGUGAUUCAGGGGGACCUCUUAUGGUACAACGAAACGACAAGCGCUACGAAAUUGCUGGAAUUGUUUCAUGGGGUAUUGGCUGUGGCCGAUCCCAUUAUCCAGGUGUCUAUACAAGAGUAACACGAUACCUCAAUUGGAUUCGACAAAAUACACGCGACGCAUGCUAUUGCCGUUGAUCAACUAGUC